GGGUAGUUGGCUCAGCGCGGUUGCGCGGGGCCUGGCGCGGUGCAGCUCGCCUGGGUGGCGGCUUCGCGGCGGGCGGCCCUGCGCCGUUUUGCCUUUUCGUGCCCCGCUGCCGGCGGAGCCCCCCGCCCGGCCGCGGGUGUGAGGCGCGGGGGCCACCGGGGCCUGCUGCGGGAAUGUAGAAGAUACUGGACACCUCUUCAGAAGUUGGACUUCUGCUGGCAAAGGUACAGCUGCACCAGCAAAUAUGCUCCCUGCAAAGAUGUUCCCAACACAGCAAAUUAUAGGUGACAUUAAUAUUGGCAUUCUGUGGCUAAAGACAGUGCCAUCUCCCCUGUCUGAUACUAAAGCAUGAACACUGUGGUCCAGCCACUAUUUUUACUCAGUUUUUCAUUUUCUCGUAAUAAUCAUGAGUGCCCGCUGCUGUAUCUUUUUUUUGCUUGAAGUCUGUCCUACCUUAUUUUGGUCCAUAUUUGUAAUUGACAAAUCUAAUAUCUCUGUGGAGCAGGACAGGUAAUUAAUGGAGGAUGCGCGGAUAUGUCAUUUCAAAGAAAACAGAUGGGCAGCUAAGACAUUUUAUAUUCUUGAACUUUCCGGUAUCAGCUGGGUGAUUGAAAGGAAUGCUGUGAUCUUAAAAAAAAAAAAAAAGAUUUAAUUCUAGCAGUAUCAUUAGAUCAAGUAAUAGUUGAAAAACUGAAAAAGAUUUUUUUUUAAGGAUUAAAACUUUGUUUAUUAGAAUUGCAUGUUUACCAAUUCUUUGUGAAUGGUCAUUUUUUGCCAUUUCUUCUGCGAGUUCAGUCAGUUUCCCUUAUUGAAAAAGCUCCCUGUAAACACAGCAAAAUGAAUUGCUUGGAAUAAAGGAAACUUUACACAAGAAGAGAUGCCCAUUAUUUUUAAGGCGCAUUUAAAAGAUAGAAUAAGAUAAUGUAAGUAGUAGUUUAGCAGAAAUGAGUAACAGUUGCACGCAACAUAUGUUCAAUUUAGCUGUAGUUAUGCUAAUGGGUAGUAAAGAUGAUCGGAAAACAUUGAAUGUAAAAAGGUUCAGAAGGUAAAAAUGAACUGGGACUUUCCAUGGGCGCAGUUCAGAAAGACAACUUAGUAACAAAUCAGCCAAUACAAAUUUUUGUUGCUUUUCAUAGAAUUUUUUUUUAUUGUCAUUAGAUGUGUUUACUCACUGUUAUAAUCCAGAUAAUUUGUAUGAAUAAUAUCCACUUACCUUAUAUAGAUUAAGGUGAUUUUAUGUUGGCAGUAAGGUAAUAAAAGAAGGUUCUGUGUGGUGGCAGGAGUCCUCUGCCGUUGCAUCUGUGCUCUUGUGAUCCCAGACAGUGUCUGCAGGGUGCUCAUUAGUCGAUUCUCCUAGACUUAUUUUGAAGCUUUUUCUCAGAACUUCAGGUAAGCUGGAUAAGUUUUUCCUCCCUAACAGAUUAAUACCUGUGAGUGUUCUUUGAAAGACUGUUUUUGUUUUAGAUUGGAGUAUUUUUGUUCUCACACAUUUAUUUUCUAUCAUUAUCCACAUGAUCAUAAAUGUCAUGCAUCCAUUAUUAUUGUAACAUGUAAAACUUCUGUGCUAUAUUUGUAAUGUAUUGUUCUUUAUUUAUCCACUGCUGCACAUUUAAAAUUUUAAUUAAAAUUCUUUUGUCUGUUAUUGUGAUAAGGUUGCAACCUUACUAUUUUUGAGUAAGUUAUUCAAACUGCUGAUUCCCAACUCAGUGCGGAAGGUGGGGUGAAAACACUAACUACUGCAAAGAACUUUUUAAACUUUUUGUAGUGAAAAAUAUAAAUAUUUAUACUUUCCAACUGUAGUUGUUUAAAAAUAAGUUUAAUCUUUCAGGUUUUAAGUGAUUGUCCAAGAUGUUUGCAAAAGCGACAAAGAAUUUUGUCAGAGAAACUGACAGGGGAGGUGACUUGAUCCCUGUCUCCCACUUGAAUGCCUCUGACAAGCUACAGCUUCUGAGCUUAGUUACAAAGAGGAAGAAAUUUUGGUGCUGGCAGAAGCCCAAGUACCAUUUCUUGACAGUCACACUGAGUGAUGUGCUUACUGAAGACAAACCUAUAAAACCAGUAAUUGUGGAGUCUGACUUUGUGAACUAUAUGGGGAGAUUUGAAGAUUUUGUUCAAGGAAGUAUUGAUACUUCAUUUGGAAAGAUCACCCUGGGAGCCAGAGGGAAGGGCUAUGUGGAAAGCCAGUCCUCCUUUGGAAACCUGAGGAAGCAAGAGAUUGAUUUACAGCAGCUUAUGAAAGACAUCAAGGGCAGAACAAUAAAUCUAAACAAUAGUUUACUGCAACAAGUAAUAGAAAGAAAACAUGAAGUGCUCUGCAUCUUGAGAGAAAAGAUAGUAACAACUCAAAAGUGUAUGAUAUCUGAACAUAUCCAGACAGAAGAGAAAAUCAGUGGCGUCCUGGGAUGCAGUACAAAAGUAGUAAAGGUUUCAUUGAGUGAAAAUGGAAGUAUGGUGAAGGAUUCUAGUGUGAUCCUUGAGAUUCCUCCAGCCACCACUAUUGCCUAUGGUGUAAUUGAAUUAUAUAUAAAGCACAGUGGCCAAUUUGAAUUCUGUCUGCUGGAUGAACAGCAAGGAGGUUUUGAAAGAGAAAGCACAGAAGGCUCAACUUCUCCCCAUUCUGCACUAUUCAGAGAUGCUUCUCUUCUGUAUCAACCAGAUGCUGUUGAUAAUGAGACAUACUCUGGGGCUAAAAACAUCAUUCCCAGUGAUGCUUCCUUAAGUGUAUUGAAACAAGAUUGGUUGAAGACUCAGUUUCAGCCCCUCGUGAAUAUGCCGGAAGACAAGCAAAGAGCUUUAUAUAAAACCCUGUAUGAACUCUUGCUUAGUGAAGGAAUGGUAACUGCCCUGGAAGAUGUGUUAGAUGAUAUCUGCACAAGAGACAAGCCAGAUAUGAAGGAGCUAAAACCUGCACAGCAACAAGGAUUAGAUGACUUCUUGAAGCUCUUAGGGUGCAGAUUACAGAAUGAGCUAUUGUUGCCGAAAUAUCAGCUUCAGAAUGAGGAACUCUUCUCAGCUGCUCACAUCCUCAUCAGUGCGAUCUCUGAGCUGUCUGAUUACACUCUGGUCCUGCUGCGUGCCUGCUGUGAUCUACAGGUUGUCCCUGCUUUGUGUUGUUUGCCUAACAUCGCUUCAGCCGAUGGCACCUUGGCACUCAGCAGUCCUUUGGUGGCUUCCCUCACUGACAAAGGAAGAUUUGAUGUCGUGCAAAGGCUGUUUGCCUCAUCAAACAUUAACCUGGAAAUGACAGAGUCUUCUGUAAAAGCUGUAACUAUGAAAGAACCUGGAUUCUUCCCACUUGUUCUUUAUGUGGCACUGAAUGGAUUUAAUGCUUUAGCUUUAGACACACUCAGCUGAGUACUUUUGGUGGUCCAUCCAGGUGGUAUGGAGGUCAGCAUGGACUAGGUAUGCCUGAGGUGAGCACUCUGCAUUGCCAUCGGAAGUUGUGCUACUGCUCUGCAAUUUCACUAAGGUAAUGUCUGCAGUGGAAAAUACAUCAAUAAGUAACGAAGGAAUAAAAGAAGAAAAGACAAGCCUGGAACAGAAAUGGGACAUAACUGUUCUGAUAGUUGUUGUAUCUGCAGGGCAGCAGAAGCCUGCUUGCAUUAAUAUGUGUGGGAGAAAACUGCAAAGUACAAACUGCUUUUUGUAAACAAGCAAAGUGUGGAAAUCCAGGGCUCAGUGUAUGCUUUGCUCAUUUAAGACCUGAUGUGCAAAAUGCCUUCACUCUGGGGGAAGUGGAAUGGAGGGCUCUCAGAGAGGUACUUGAUUAGGUUUUCGUUUAUUAAGUAUAGUUUGGGUGUAUGAAUAUGAACUCUGCAUUGCAGACAAUAGUAAGUUCUUUUUCAUAAACUAAGACCACCUUAGGGAUUAUACCUCUGUACAGCAUUUCUCUGUUUUCUAAUAACUUUUACACAGUAAGUUUCAGCUGUUUAAAUUGCAUUCUGAACUUCCCCUUCGAGAUGUGAUGAUUCCUUUUGGUGUGUGUAUAUGAAAUACCCCUGUUGCACUCCACAAAAGCAAUCAUUUUACCUGCAUGACAUUUUCAGCGCAGCUGUUUUGCUUGUUUCUUUGACUAAUAGCAAAGUGUUAGUAAAGCACUUUGUGCUUUGAACUAUUUUGCCUUUUUUAAUCAUAAUUUCUGUGAUCGUGUGAAUGGAGAGAAAAUGAAGUAAAUAUAAGCUUGGGAAGAUGUUGUUCCAGGUAAGCAGAAUAUCAGUGCUUUCAGGUAAGACUGUGAGAUGUCUGACAGGCAAACAAGUGAGCGCCUGUGAGGAGGGGUGGUCAGUAACCAGGCCCUGCAGCUUAAGCAGGUUGCAGGAAACCUGGGUUCAGUUUUCUGCUCCAUUACUACAUGGUCUUGAGCAGAUUGCGUAAGAUGUCUUAAAAACUCAUGUUAGGUAGGCUUUCCCUGAGAAAGGUGGACUUUGCAAAAAAGCAUCGUGGUCUUUUUCCAUACUUUCAGAGAGCAGGUUACCCUUGCAGAUCAAGGGGGUGGUGUUUUCAUAGUUCUCCUGUAAAGUGAGGCUGUUGGCAUUGCUCGAACCUUGCAGUUGGGCAUGUGGAAAGGCCCUUGAGGUGCAUGGAAGUACAUGUUUAUUAUACCACUAGCAGGAGUCAUAUGUGUUUGUAAAUGGAAAAGCCUUCUUCUGCCAACCACUACUCAUAAGUUGUCUCUGUAACUAAUUUAUCAAAAUUUUGUAUUAAAUGUCAUGUCAAAAUAGUAGAAUAA